AUGCAGGUCCCUAUCGCCUGCACCGAGCAGAGUCUCGGAGGCCGCAGCACCGAGGAGCGGCCUCUGCAACGGGGGGCGCGCGCCGGCCCCGGGGGGCCCGGGAAAUGGGGGUGCACUCAGCCCCCUAAGGGGCCCGGGGGCCUGGCGGCGGUGGCGGGGCUGCGGGCUUCCGCACAGAAACCUGCCCACAUCGCGUUCAUGCUUGCGGGAGUCCAACGGGCUGGCCACGGCAAUAAUACAGGACGGGCACCAGGACUCUCUAUCCUUGGAGGAGGGGGUGUCUGUAAACUCCCUCAAUUCUGCUCUUUCUCCUGCAGAAAUCUGGGGAAAUCCGGGCUCCGUGUAUCCUGCCUUGGGCUUGGCACCUGGGUGACGUUUGGCUCCCAGAUCUCAGAUGAGACGGCGGAGAACGUGAUGACCAUCGCCUACGAGAACGGGGUCAACCUCUUUGACACGGCUGAGGUCUACGCUUCGGGCAAGGGGUCACUGGAGGCGGGCUGCCAGCGGACUACGUCUGAUAUUCGUCUUCGCCAACCGCAACAUGGACGCCAACAAGCCCCAUGGGAAGAGUAUGACCCCAAUUUCCGCCUACUGCUACUGGAAGAGAUCGUGCGGGCUAUGACUUACGUCAUCAACCAGGGCAUGGCCAUGUACUGGGGCACCUCACGCUGGAGCGCCAUGGAGAUCAUGGAGGCAUAUUCGGUGGCCCGGCAGUUCAACCUCGUGCCACCGGUGUGUGAACAGGCUGAGUACCACAUGUUUCAGCGUGACAAGGUGGAGUCGCAACUCCCCGAGCUCUACCACAAGAUCGGGGUGGGGUUUUUGCCCUGGCACCACCUGACGCCCUGUCCCCCCAUCACCCCCCUGGCACCGCCUGACGCCCUGUCCCCCUGUCCCCCCCAGGGCUACCAGUGGCUGAAGGAGAAGCUGCAGAGCGACGACGGGCGGAAGCAACAGGCCAAGAUCAAGGAGCUGCAGCCCAUCGCCGGGCGUCUGGGCUGCACCGUGGCCCAGCUGGCAAUUGCCUGGUGCCUGCGCUCUGAGGGCGUCAGCUCCGUCCUGCUCGGGGUGUCCAGCACCGAACAGCUGAUCGAGAACCUCGGAGCCAUCCAGGUGCUGGCCCAGCUGACCCCGCCCGUCAUUCAGGAAAUUGACGCCCUCCUUGGCAACAAGCCCAAUACGAAAAAAGAGUCCCGGGCGUAGGGACACGUCGGCGCCCGGGACUGUGCACACCCUUGUCCCACCGGACUGCGUAUCCCUCCGCCCAGCUCUCUGCACUGCCUGGGAGGAGGAGGUGCUGCUUCACGCAUGACCUAAGACCACCCCCCGUAUCCCUCCGCCCCCCACCCCGGCUGCUGCUUCGACCUUGCCGGCAUGAGCCAAGGGAUUGGCGGGCAAGAGGCCCCGCCCACCCUGCCAGCUUUCCCGCCGGAUCUCGCCAGCUGCUUCACCUCCCGUGGUAUCCAUGCUCCCGUUUUUAAAGGGACGGGCCACCGCCUCGUGCUGGGGGACGGGCGAGGGAGUCGUUGAUCGAGCUAACGAACCCAGCCGAUGUGGAGAACGGGGGACACUUGUGGCUUUCCCUGCGCACGCACCCCCCCCCGCUGGCUCCUGUAUGGGUCUCAGGCUCUGCCCCCCCAGCUGGCUGGUGCCCCCUGCUGGGGACUUGGGGAAUUCCCUUCAGGGGACUAUUUUUCUCUUCCCCCACCCCGACACUUUCCCUGUGGGGGAAGGAUAUUGAUCAAAUCCACCCAGGACA